GGGCGGGGCGCUGCAGCCCGCGGAGCCUCUCGCCCUGCCGGGCUGGGGUCGCGCUGGCUCAGACUCCCCUCCCCGCCCGCCGCGGCCAUGGUGGACGAGCGGAAGGACGGAGCCUACGGAACACCACAGAAGUAUGACCCCACCUUCAAAGGACCCAUUUACAACAGAGGCUGCACAGACGUCAUUUGCUGUGUGUUCCUCCUCCUGGCCAUUGUGGGCUAUGUGGCUGUAGGCAUCAUAGCUUGGACUCACGGGGACCCUCGAAAAGUGAUCUACCCCACUGAUAGCCGAGGAGAGUUCUGCGGGCAGAAGGGCACGAAAAAUGAGAACAAACCCUUCCUGUUUUAUUUCAACAUUGUGAACUGUGCCAGCCCCCUGGUCCUGCUGGAAUUCCAGUGUCCCACCCCCCAGAUCUGCGUGGAGAAAUGUCCUGACCGUUACCUCACCUACCUGAACGCUCACAGAUCCCAGGACUUUGAGUACUACAAGCAGUUCUGUGUGCCUGGCUUCCAGAACAACAAGGGUGUGGCUGAGGUCCUCCGAGAUGGCGACUGCCCCGCCGUCCUCACCCCCAGCAAACCCCUGGCCCAGCGGUGCUUCCCAGACAUCCACAGCCACAAGGGGGUCCUCAUGGUGGGCAACGAGACAACCUAUGAGGAUGGGCAUGGCUUUCGGAAAAACAUCACAGAGCUGGUGGAAGGCGCCAAGAAGGCCAAUGGAGUCCUGGAGGCCCGGCAGCUGGCCAUGCGGAUAUUCGAAGAUUAUACAGUCUCCUGGUACUGGAUUAUCAUAGGCCUGGUCAUCGCCAUGGUAUUGAGCCUCCUGUUCAUCGUCCUGCUCCGCUUCUUGGCUGGCAUUAUGGUCUGGGUGAUGAUUGUCAUGGUGAUUUUGGUCCUAGGCUACGGAAUAUUUCAUUGCUACAUGGAGUACGCUCGACUGCGUGGCGAGGCCGGCUCUGACAUCUCCCUGGUGGACCUUGGCUUCCAGACGGACCUCCGCGUGUACCUGCACUUGCGGCAGACCUGGAUGGCCUUCAUGAUCAUUCUGAGCAUCCUCGAGGUUAUUAUCAUCUUACUGCUCGUCUUUCUACGGAAGAGAAUUCUCAUCGCCAUUGCACUCAUUAAAGAAGCCAGCAGGGCUGUGGGAUACGUGAUGUGCUCCUUGCUGUACCCACUGGUCACCUUCUUCCUGCUGUGCCUUUGCAUCGCCUACUGGGCUAGCACCGCUAUCUUUCUGUCCACUUCCAACGAAGCUGUCUAUAAGAUCUUCAAUGACACCGCUUGCUCAGUUGCUGGGAAAACCUGCAACCCUGAGACCUUCCCCUCCUCCAAUGAAUCCCGCCUGUGCCCUGGAGCCCACUGCCAGUUCGCCUUCUACGGUGGUGAGUCGACUUACCACCGGGCCCUGCUGGGCCUGCAGAUCUUCAAUGCUUUCAUGUUCUUCUGGCUGGCCAACUUCGUGCUGGCGCUGGGCCAGGUCACGCUAGCUGGCGCCUUCGCCUCCUACUACUGGGCCCUGAACAAGCCGGAUGACCUGCCUGCCUUCCCACUCUUCUCUGCCUUCGGCCGGGCGCUCAGGUAUCACACAGGCUCUCUGGCCUUCGGCUCCCUCAUUCUGGCCAUCGUGCAGAUCAUCCGAGUGAUACUCGAGUACUUGGAUCAGCGCCUGAAAGCUGCGGAGAACAAGUUUGCAAAGUUCCUCAUGACCUGUCUCAAAUGCUGCUUCUGGUGCCUGGAGAAAUUCAUUAGAUUCCUCAACAGGAAUGCCUACAUCAUGAUUGCCAUCUACGGCACCAACUUCUGCACCUCAGCCAGAAACGCCUUCUUCCUCCUCAUGAGAAACAUCAUCAGGGUGGCUGUCCUGGACAAAGUUACCGACUUCCUCUUCCUGUUGGGCAAACUUCUGAUCGUGGGUAGUGUGGGGAUCCUGGCUUUCUUCUUCUUCACCCACCGAAUAAGGAUCGUGCAGGACACAGCACCACCCCUCAAUUAUUACUGGGUUCCUAUACUGACGGUGAUCAUCGGCUCCUACCUGAUUGCCCACGGCUUCUUCAGUGUCUACGGCAUGUGUGUGGACACACUAUUCCUCUGUUUCUUGGAGGACCUGGAGAGGAACGAUGGCACCGCUGAGAGGCCUUACUUCAUGUCUCUCACCCUCAAGAAGCUUUUGAACAAGGCCAACAAGAAGCCGGUGGAGUCCUAAAGGCCCCGCCCUCCUACCCCUCCCCGGAAGUCUCACAAUGGGUGCUUGGCAGCUGGGUCAGAACCCCCAGCCCAUCGGGCUGACCUGAAGUCCUAUCACUGCCGCCCCCUUCCUGCCCCUCCCCAUCAUCCAGUUACCACCAGUUUCUGGGAACCUGGAGGAUUUGUGGGAUCUCCUCCCUAUGCCAAGGGCCAGUCCGCGUUUUCACGGCCGCCCCCCACCCCCCAAAAAAACUGUGCGAUGAGUCUCUCCAGCCCCCACUGGCCGGGAUGAGAAGCCCAGCGAGGCUUCUUGAUGUCUGACAUGCAAGGGCCCUCUGCGGGCUGCCCUCCGCUUCCUGUCCCCCUCUUAUGACAGGACAGCGUUUGUGUCUGCAGCAACGGUGGCCACAGGAAGUCCACUUUUCACUUGCGUUUGCUCCGGCCAGGAUGCCAGGACCCUUCUCUGGGGCUGAACAACUGGUUACCGGCUGCUGCAGGCAUUUAUUAUUGUUUUUUUAACCUGGACAUGCGUUAAAGGGUCUGUUAGCUUUUUUUCUGUCUGUCAUCACGGCUGAGACGGGGCCACUGAGGAAUGCUUUCCGAUGUCCCCUCCUCGGGUAGGGUUGGGGUUGGGGUGGGGGUGUGCCAGGUAGGGGUGUCUCCUGGCACAGAAGGCAGGCUGUCCGGGGAGGGAGGCUGGGAUCAAGCUGGUGUGGAACAGGGGGGAGGAGGUCGCUAAUAGCGGCUUAAUGGAAACAGGCUGGCUGGCAGGUUGGGCCGAAUCCCGCCGCCCCCCGCCGCCCUUCUCUGCCAGUUAUUGACACAGCUCUCUUUGUAAGAGAGAAAAGAAACUGAAUCCACCCAAGGGAUGAUUUCAGAGGAAGUGGGGAGAUGGGCAGAUGCCCUGGGCAAAUGGGGGGACCCCUCCCCCCGCCCAGUCCCCUCCCCUUGAGGAUCCUUUUGCCAAAUUUGUUGAACUCGGGGGGAACGGGUGUGCUGGUUCCCCCCCCCCCCCACCCCCCCCCCCCCCCCCCCCCCCCCCCGCUCAAUCCAAUCCAGGAUCCCAAUCCGGGAUCUGGAGAAAUCCCAGCCUGGGGUUUCUGUCUCCAGUGCCUGCCGCCCCCUCCCCCAUUCUGUCCGUACAGCCCUACUUGUAACUGCAUUCCAACCACUAAUAAAGUGCCUAUUGUACAGAG